UCUAAGUUUGUCAUCAUCGCGCGCUGACCCUUUCUCCUUGCUCUUCGUCUUCCUCUUUGAUCCUAUCCAGCGCUUCCACCGCAUUCAUGACAAGGGGAAAGCUUGGUUUUCUCUAGCGCGCUCGCUGGUUUCUUCAAUGGAAGAACACCAAGAUGGCAAGGGAACGAUGUGGGAAUUGGAUCAAACGCUGGAUCAGCCACUGGGCGAUGAAGCCACCCAAGUUCGCGGCUUCCAAAAUUCCAAGGUAAUCACCGCUUUGUCCUUCUUCUCUUGCAUCUUCGUUGUAAUCUUUCUCCAGGAGCAUCCUUUGGCGGUGACGAUCCGGCUAGCGUUUAUAAGCCUGGGCGUUGUUUAUGGCGACCUUGCGACGUCUCCCCUCUACGUUUUUCCCAGCGUUUUUCCCGACGGCAUCGUCGACCGAAGGGACGUUCUCGGCGCCGUGUGCCUCAUCGUCUACUCCUUCACGCUCAUUCCUCUUAUCAAGUAUGUGUUCAUCGUCUUGAGGGCAAAUGACAAUGGCGAAGGUGGCACAUUUGCUUUGUAUUCUCUCAUCUGUAGACACGCCAAAGUGAACACCAUUCCAAACCAACACCCGACCGACCAGUACUUGACAACGUAUAGCCGCCGCCCAGUGCCCGAGAACUCCCGAGCUUCCACCAUCAAGAAGCUCCUCGAAGGCAGGAAUUCCCUCCAGAAACUCCUGCUCGUCCUCGUUCUUCUUGGAACCUCCAUGGUCAUUGGCGACGGCGUCUUAACUCCAGCAAUCUCGGUGCUGUCAUCAGUCAGUGGGAUCAAAGUAGCUCAUCCAUCUUUUCACCAAGGCCAUGUCGUGAUCCUGGCUUUGAUCAUCCUCGUGCUCUUGUUUAGCAUGCAACACGUUGGGACGGACAAAGUGGGGGUCAUGUUUGGCCCCGUCAUUCUCGUGUGGCUCUUGUCUAUUGGAGCCGUGGGUGUUUACAACAUCGCGAUUCACAAGCCGGAUAUCUUCCGGGCCCUCUCUCCCGUCGCUGGCUUCGAUUUCUUGAGGAGAACCAAAUCCAAAGGAUGGGCCAGGCUUGGAGGAAUCGUGCUCUCCAUCACAGGAGCCGAAGCCAUGUUUGCGGACUUGGGACAUUUUUCUACUGUGUCGAUUCGGCUGGCUUUCACGUCUUUGGUGUUUCCUUGUUUGCUGGCUGCGUACCUCGGUCAAGCGUCAUUCCUUCUCAAGUUUCCCGACAAGGUGGACCAAACUUUCUAUAGAUCAAUCCCAGAUCCAGUCUACUGGCCAAUGUUUGUCAUUGCAACAGUUGCAGCCAUCGUUGCAAGUCAGGCAACAAUCUCCGCCACCUUCUCCAUCGUCAAGCAAUCGGUAGCUCUCGGGUGCUUCCCCCGGGUGAAGAUCAUCCACACCUCCAACCGCAUUCUCGGCCAAAUCUACGUCCCGGAGGUGAACUGGAUUCUCAUGCUCCUCUGCCUGGCCAUCACCGCGGGAUUCCGAGAAACAACCCAAAUCGGCAACGCUUACGGAAUCGCCGUCAUGGCCGUGAUGCUCGUCACCACUCUUCUCAUGACCUUGAUCAUGCUCUUCAUUUGGCAGACCAACUUAUCCCUCGUCCUCCUCUUCCUCGUCACCUUUGGCUCCGUGGAAACAAUCUACUUCUCCGCGGUGCUCUUCAAGAUUGCCAAGGGCGGCUGGGUUCCUCUCGCCAUCGCCGCGGCACUCAUGCUCAUCUUCUACGCCUGGCACUACGGCACCGUCAAGCGCUACCAGUUUGAGAUUCAGAACAAGGUCCCGCUCGCCUGGAUCCUGGGCCUCGGCCCCAGCCUCGGCCUCGUCCGCGUCCCAGGAGUCGGCUUCGUCUACACCGAUCUCGCCCACGGCGUCCCCUCGAUGUUUUCUCACUUCAUCACUCACCUCCCGGCGAUACACUCCGUCCUCGUCUUCGUCUGCGUGAAGUACCUUCCCGUCAACACCGUGCUCGAGGACGAGAGGUUCCUCUUCCGGCGGAUCGGCCCACCAGACUACUGGAUGUACCGCUGUACCGUGCGGUAUGGAUACCGCGAUCUCCACCGCAGAGACGAGCAGUUCGAGGAGCGCCUGAUAGGAGCUCUGGCCGACUUCAUCCGCAAGGAUGAUGACAACAAUCGGGUGGAAACGUCGUCCACGGCGCCGUCGGAGCCGAUGACCAUGGCUGCCUCCGAUCGGGAGCAGAGCUUGCCUUCCGCGAUCUCGCCCAGCGAUCGCCGGUUUAGCUUCAGCUACAACAGCAACGAGGAGGCGAGCUGCUGCUCGGUAGAGAUCAGGAGGGUGAUGGGCGAUCAGUCGGGCACGUCGAGUUACAACUCGAGGGAUUACCAGGUGGUGCUGAGCCAGCGGCGGAUCGAGCAUCAGGUGGUGGAGGAUCAGCUCAAGUUUUUGGUGGCGGCCAAGGAGAGCGGCGUGGUUCAUAUCCUGGGGAACACGGUGGUCAAGGCGAGGAAGGGGUCGGGACUGGCCAAGAGAAUAGCCAUCAACCAUGUCUACAGCUUCUUGAGGAAGGUUUGCCGCGAGACCAGCGUCAUUUACCACAUACCUCACGAGACAAUGCUCAACGUUGGGAUGAUUUACGAUGUGUAGGCAGGAUUCUAUGUGUACGUACAAGGAGUCAUAUGUAUACAUACUUUAUGCCGUUCUUUGUCACCAA